AAGCCCCACAGCCCCCUCAUCAUCUGGUUGGUGAGAAGAGCAGGGCACAACGCGAAGACUCGGCGGUCUGUUACAGCCAGCAACACGCAGGAGUUUACGCCGGAAAAUACACUCUCCUCGUAGUCCUGGUGCGGAGAAAACACUACAGAAUCGGCAGGGAAGGAACAGCGAACUCGGCCGGGCAGGAGGGAUGCCUGUGGCGUCAGCCGCCUUGACUGAACCCCCGUCACUCGCUCCCGUUUCCGCCGCAGCUUGCCCAAACCCACCCCGAUUCACCAUGUUGGGAGGUAUCUGAUGGGAAAUUUCACUGUUCCUCAGCAAGAAAGUGUUGUACCGGACAUAAUUGACUCGGAAAGGCUGGUAUUUGCGUCGACCGGAACAGGGACACCGUGCUCCCCCCACUCCGGCCCCCGAUCCCCGUUGUCACUACCAGGCCCCUCGCGCUCGGAGUCUCCCGUCAGGACUUCUCUCGGCUAUAACCUGCGAGAAUCUACCAGGAGCCAUUCCACAAACCAAGACCAGCAGGACAUGCAGGUGUCUUCACAAGGUGUAUCUGCAGCUGAGCAUCUUGAAGAGACAGACAGAAAGAGUGAAAGCCCCAGCAGAAAGCGUAGAAGAAUAUCCCACAGUACCAUGAUCGACCUGACCGUGUCCCCGGGACCGCGGGCAGGCGGAGGGUUUGAGUCGGAGGCCAGGCCGCCCGCCAGACACCACCACCAACCCGACAACAGGGCAGGCAUGGGCAGGGAGAGGAAAAGUCCUGCCACCAGGAGGCACUCGAGAGACAGGUACCUCCGCAGACACCCGCUGCGGGAGACCAGGGAGCCGGUCCGGGAGGAGCGGGAGAACCACGUGCCACGAGAGAGGCAGCAGGAGUCACGAGCAUUCCAGCCCCCCGCCAUGUUCCCCAUGCCUCUGCAUCGAGCCUUACAUUCCCACGCACCCCCUCAGUCCAACCAACAGUCUGUCAUCAUUGACAUAGACCAAGUCAGGCAUCAGAUCCAGGGUGGUAUGCCUAUAAACGUGCCGAUGAGCGUGCCUCCUCAUGUGAUCCCCGUAUGUUCAGGUCAUCACAUCCCCGUGUGCGGUGCCUGCAGCUCGGCCCAGCCCUGCCCGACCUUACUGUCCGCCUGUACGCUCCCCGACCAGACCUGCUCCAUGCAGAGUAACGCCUACGUCCCGGCCUUCACCCCCCAGAACAACCCCAUGUUCUCUGGCUGUAACCAGCCCGUCCAGUACUCGGCCUCCCCGCAGGUGCUGCCACCCGCCUGCCACCUGCACCAGCCACCUGUCUCUCAUUGUGCCUUGCACCUGCAGCAGCAGCUGGGGUCCGGGAUGGGCCACACGGCGCAGCUGCCAUCCCAGCACAUGCCACCUUCCACACAGUACCUGCCUCCCACAACUACAGCGCAAACGUAUGCCAGUAAUGAUGUCCGCAUGGAGCCACUGCACCACUACCAGUACCACCCGGCCUUCCACCUGCCACCCCCGCCACCGGGAAUGGUUCCUCCCCAGCCUCCGCCCAACCAGUCUCCACCUCACCUCCUGCCAGAGGAGCCAGGACUGCGCAUGGACAUCGCUUAUCAUCCUAUGGAUGCUUACCCUCGCUAUGGAAGAAUGGGCUUCCCCCGGCAGAUGUCUGGUCGCAGGUGGCAGCCUGGACCCUCACCGCCUGCCUACCAGGGCUUCUUACUGCCAUUCUUGACUAUGAUCCCCAAUGCCUCCCACUACGGUGUCGACAUUGGAAAUGAAGAAAAUGCGGAAGAAAACUAUGAGGCUUUGCUGAAUUUGGCCGAGCGUUUGGGAGAGGCCAAGCCCCGGGGGAUGUCCAAAGCCAAGAUCGAAGACCUGCCUUCCUACAGAUACAACCCCGACAACCACCAGUCACAACAGACACUGUGUGUUGUGUGCAUGUGUGACUUUGAAAACAGACAACUCCUCCGGGUCCUGCCAUGCAAUCAUGAGUUCCAUGCCAAGUGUGUCGACAAGUGGCUGAAGAGCAAUCGGACAUGUCCAAUCUGUCGUGCCGACGCCUCAGAGCUGAGCAGUCCGCCCGAGUGACACCAGCGCAAGACGACAUCGUCCAUCAGCCUUUCCACACAACCACGUUGUGCUAACAGAGACGUGUCCAGGGUAGAUAACGCAGGCUUUUCUCUCGCUGCCUGUCCCUUUUUAAAGACAAGAACAGCUACUAACUGUACCCAUAUGCAAUACAACGUACUAAGGCAAGCCUGACACCCGGCCUGAGUGUGCAGUGUCUCCGGUACCUGCCAAGGUGACUACACCUGACUAGCGGAAACCAAUUGUUUGGAAAGAAUACAGUCAUUAUUGUAAAGCUUGUUGGACCAGUUUGGAAGUUAACAUUGAGAUAGAAGGAUUUUGAAUGGUAGGGGAGUCUGCUAUGCUAGAUUCCAUGCACUGUGGAACAAGUAAGGAAAACCCCACAGUAGAGUGGAAUUGUUGGUUUCAUCAUUUAGGCAGAGAAAAACAUUCCAUUGAUUUUCUGCAAUACUAUAAUAAUGUUAAUAAGUCUUUGUUUUCAGUGAGUUGAAGAGCAUUUAUUAACGGUGUAAUAUUAGGCACUAUAUUAUAUAGUGGCUACUUUUUCCCUUGUUUUUGCAAAGGAAAUAUACCUCAUUAACCCAACUAGCCUUUAAUGAAUUAAGUUGAAAAAUAAGGUGAGUGUAGCAUUGUUACUAUCAUGGUUAUUGGUAAUUGUUUGUAAACAUUUGGGCUGCUUUCUUAUAAAUCUACAUAGAGUAGGAUUUGUAUCAGAUAAGGCGAGUAAUGUUUUUUUUUUCUUAAAGCUUGAUGAUAUUCUUAUCAUCUCAUAUUUAGCCUUUCAUAUCAGCAUGGAUAUAUUUCAUAUGAGCAAAGGAAAAAUGAGCUGUGUCAUAUCCUAAGUAAUUUUGAAUGAUGCCAACCGUGCUGUCCAGUAUUACAGUCUUUCCCUGGCUGCCAAUGUUCUUUGCACUUUUCACAAGUAGAAAAUUGCAACAUUAACAAACAACAAAAGAGAUGCCUUUUUUUAUAACCAAGGAAUGGCUGUGUGUAGCUUAAUAUAUAUCUCUAUCUAUAAUGUAUCAUGUACAUUGACUUGUACAAAAAUACGUCUGUCUCUCUCCAAGUUAGAAGAAAAAAGUGUUGUUUUUUCUAGACAACUUCCAUGGAAGAGUGGUUGGUUGUGCUUCAGCAGAUUGAGCACCCCGGGAUGGAGCUUAAGUGUGAAGUUAGAAUUGUUGUGAUGUCAAUGUUUUUUCAACUUAAUAAUAAAUCCUAGGCAAGUUGAAA